AUGGCGGAGUUGCAGGGCACCCCGGUGGCACAGGACGCCCUGGCCGUGGCGCAGCUCGAGCUCGAGGGGAAUCCGAAUGCCCUGGGGCUGCGCAGGCCGUUCGACCCGGUGGCGCAUGAUCUCGAUGCGUCCUUCCGCCUGACGCGGUUCGCCGAUCUGAAAGGAUGAGGGUGCAAGGUCCCUCAGGAGGUUCUUUCGAAACUCCUCGAGGGACUUCAGACCGACGACGCGUCCGCACAGGACCACGAGCAUGCCCACUUCAUGCAUAUGGCCAUUCCGCGCAUCGGCAUUGGCAUGGAUUCCUCUGUGACUCCAUUAAGACAUGGCGGGCUUAGCCUGGUACAGACUACAGACUUCUUUUACCCACUAGUCGACGAUCCUUACAUGAUGGGUAAAAUUGCGUGCAGCAAUGUCCUCAGCGAUCUUUACGCGAUGGGUGUCACGGACUGCGACAACAUGUUGAUGUUGCUGAGCGUUAGCACGAAGAUGACAGAGAAAGAGCGUGACGUCGUUGUGCCGCUGAUCAUGAGAGGAUUCAAGGAUUCCGCUCUGGACGCGGGCACCACAGUGACGGGUGGUCAGACAGUUGUGAAUCCCUGGUGCACCAUUGGUGGAGUGGCUACCACUGUUUGUCAACCAAACGAGUAUAUCGUGCCGGAUAAUGCUGUAGUUGGGGACGUAUUGGUUUUAACGAAGCCCCUUGGUACACAAGUUGCCGUCAAUGCGCACCAAUGGCUUGAUCAGCCUGACCGUUGGAAUAGAAUCAAGCUCGUAGUGAGCGAAGAGGAUGUACGAAAAGGUUAUCAACGUGCAAUGGACAGUAUGGCCAGGUUGAACAGAACAGCUGCUAGACUGAUGCAUAAAUAUAAUGCGCACGGAGCUACGGACGUCACCGGUUUCGGUCUUCUGGGUCAUGCUCAAAAUCUAGCAAAGCAUCAAAAGAAUGAAGUCUCCUUUGUUAUUCAUAAUCUCCCUGUUAUCUCCAAGAUGGCUGCAGUAGCAAAGGCAUGCGGAAAUAUGUUCCAGUUAUUGCAGGGUCACUCAGCUGAGACUAGUGGUGGUUUACUCAUUUGCCUUCCUCGAGAACAGGCUGCAGCGUAUUGUAAAGACAUCGAAAAACAAGAAGGUUAUCAAGCAUGGAUUAUUGGUAUCGUGGAAAAGGGCCUUCGUACGGCUAGAAUAAUCGACAAACCGCGAGUAAUUGAAGUUCCGGCUAAGGAAAAAGACGGAGAGCUCUGGUAAAAAAAAAGGCCCAGGCAUAUCUCACAAUUUGCCUCCUCAAUUAUAUACGUUAUAUACGUUUAUAUAUUUGCAAAAAUAGCACGCGUACACACUUGACAGCGCUUUUACGUGCACCACAGAUGAAAAAAAUUAUUUAGUACAUAUAUCUGUACCCUUGUGGAAAAAAUCACAAUUUAGGUGGUAUUAAAAUCUUGAUUAUUAAAUCACAAAGCUUUGGAGUCAAAUCGUUAUACAGAUCAUCCAGUUGUUUACUAUGACUGAUCAAAUGUUGUCUACUACGACGAGAUGAUUUUUGCGGUUUGAUAAUACUCGACUUGGUAAUAGUGAAUACCACAUCAUGUUUAUUCUAAGUACUUUUACCUAUAUCUUGUAGAGAGAAUUCCUUUUCUUGUUUUUUCCAUGCUGAUGACAUGUAAAAUUGUAAGUUAGUUUAAAGAGAAACGGUUCUUGAGCCAAGCAAAGUUAAGAAAUAAUAAAUUUCAUAUUUUUAAGAUUAAGGUAGCACUAAGUUUUCAGACUAGACAGCUUCAAAACCGCAAUCCUGAUAAAAAUAUUUGAAUAGCAUAUUAUAUAUACAUAUAUAAAUAUAUAUAUAUCGGGUGGCGAAUUUGGGUACUCGGUAACGGUGUUUGAGAAAUACUGAUGAUUGCAGAGAUGUAUGAGAUAUAUUUUAUAAGAUUCAAAAUACAAAAUGACUGCGUAGUAUGCGUUAUUUUAUUUAACAAAUUGACUAAAUUAGAAUGACAAAGGUUUUUAUCAUGCGAAAAAGAUGUUAAAUAAGUACCAUGUACACAAUAGUAGACUUAUUUUCUCGUAUUUCGGAAUAUGAUCUAAAAAUUUUCAGUGGAGCACCAUACGCAUACCCAGGCAUGAAGUCCAAAAACAUGAAGGCCUUCUAAUAGUCUUCUAUGCAUACGUAUGAAUAAUUCAAAGAAAUAAAUUGAGCACAGGUCCUAAUGUUGUAUUACUUUUUCAUAUGAAUAAAGUGCUACUUUGUCAAUAAAAUUAAUUAAGUGUCCUGUUA